AUGCCAAAUGGAGGGGUUACCAAAGAUGAAGUUAUUAAUUCCAUGCCAUUAUUGGAAUCUCCUGCAGAUUCUGAUACAUCUGUAUUGCUCUCGUCAUCGGUAUCAUCGUCUCCAUCUUCAAGCGCUGGCGUUUCCAGUAUACUUAAGGAUAGCAAUGGCGGCAACAUAGCCUCAGAGUUUAUCGAUACAUUCACCAACAGGGUAAAUCCUAAGAAUUUAUCUAACCUGUCAGACUUAUUAUUAAAGUCAUAUAAUGAAGCGUUAUUGCAGAAUUCUUGCAUCUCAAUGCUCCCCAAUUUUAAUAUUCAACCAACUGGUUUAGAGCAUGGAGAUUUCUUGGUUAUUGAUUUGGGAGGUUCUACAUUGAGAGUUGCAGUUAUUCAAAUAGAUCCUAACAAUACUGUAGAGCCUACAAGAAUCGCAGUUGAAAAGAAGUGGGUUGUUGAAAAUAACUGUAAAGUUAUUGACUUGAACUUCUUUAAGUGGUUGGGAUCCAAAAUUGUCGAAACAUUGAAGGAACAAACUGUCAUUAAUAUAAAUAGCAAAUUUAUAAAUACGGGGUUAACUUGGUCAUUUCCAUUGGAACAAGAUUCGCCUAACAGCGGGAUAAUCAAGCAUAUGGGGAAAGGUUACACAGUUUCAGAUGAAGUCUAUAACAGAGAUUUAAAAGAAAUUCUUGAAGAGACCUUGAAAACAGAGUAUCAAGUUAAUAUGAAGAUUCACGUAUUAAUUAAUGAUUCUUUGGCUGUUUAUGCCGCAGGUACUUUUUUGGAUAGGAACAUGAAAUUGGCUGUUGUAUUAGGAACUGGUUUCAACAUAUGUUGCCUGCUUAAAAAUUCUCCUUUGAUUCAUACAAAAAAGAAUAUUCCUGGCGAAAGUGCAAUGCUUUUUAAUUGUGAAGCUUCAGUAUUCGGGAGUAACUUAAUUCAAGAAUUAGCUAACAAGUAUGACUCCAUUAUAGAUUAUAGAUUUAAUCUGGAGGUCCCCUUAGAUUUUGCGCCUCACAUGGAAUUAGGAGGUAUUGAAAAGACCAUUUGCCAACCAUCUGAGUUAAUGACAUCAGGUAGAUACGUACCAGAGCUAGCUAGACUAGUUAUGUGCGACUUGAUUGAAUCGAGAUCGUCUACCUUCUUCUCCGGUGUUCCUUCAAUAUACUUGCAAGAUACCAUUCAAAUCAGUUACGAAGGAUUCUCUGGGGAGUUGAUGUGCUUUAUCUCAGAAAAUGUAGAUGAAUUGGCAAUAAUUAAUAAGAUUAAACAAACGUAUGAUUGGGAGGAUAAAGAGGAUAUUACGAUAUCUUAUAACGACAUUUACAUUCUAAAGGAAAUAGUUGAUUGUGUAAUCUUAAGAGCAGCCUACAUAAUGGCGAUAUUGAUUGUUGGCAUUAUUAAGUUGAUUAAGCAACACAAUGGGGUUGAAAGCGGCAACUUGAAUAUUGGAUACGUGGGUUCAGUUCUUGAGUACUUCAAACGCUAUAGAUUAUUAAUUUUGAAGUUUAUUAAUAAUAAUGAAGAGAUCAAAGAGAUGAAUUUAACUGUUGGACUUAGAUCUGUACAAAAUAGUUCUAUUGUUGGAGCUGCUGUUGGUGCUGCAUAUUAUAGUAAUGAUAAAUAG